UCAGCCUAAAACUAAAACAGGAAAUAAGAGCAAAUAACUCCUCAACUGGCCCAAUUGACCCCCCGUAGCCCAAUCUCUGCCGGAAAAGUGGAAGAAACGCCAUCUCUUCUCCGUCGGAGUUUUCCAUCAUUGUGCCCUCUCGAAUUUUCAGAUUCAGUUGAACUCAAAAGUAGUAUCAUCCUACAUUGAGUUCCUCCUGUUGCAUUCACAUGUUCACGAAUAGCCAAAGGCAAGAAGAACGCACUGGAAAAUAUGGAACUCCGAGGGUGGAAUACCUUCAGCAAUUGGUGACUCAGUUUCAGAAUGCAUCUUCUGAAGAGACAAAAGAGAAGAUUGUUGCUAAUUUGGCCAACUUUGCAUAUGAUCCUUACAACUUUACGUUCUUGCGUCAACUUAAUGUAAUAGAGCUUUUCCUCGACUGUUUAACUGAGCCUAAUGAGAAGCUUGUGGAAUUUGGGAUUGGAGGAAUCUGCAAUGCGUGUGCUGAUCCAGCAAAUGCUGCUCUUGUCACUCAAAAUGACGGUAUCCCCCUCAUCGUCCAGUGUUUGUCAAGUCCUGUUAGGAGCACUGUAAAUUAUGCUCUAGGAGCUUUGUAUUAUCUUUGCAAUGCAUCAAACAAGGAAAAGAUCUUAAAACCAGAGGUAAUUGAUGCAAUAAAGAGUUAUGCAGCUGCAAGUGAAGUUAGUACAAGCUUCAGUAACUUGGCCCAGGCUUUCUUAGAUAAACAUGUUCCCCAAGCUUAUUGAAAUGGAUGAAAAUAAAAUUACUGUUGAAAAUCAAUGCUACUAACAUCUUUAAAAGCAUGGAAUUGGAAAAUUAUUGGUCAGGUUUAGGGGAUUGAAAUAUAAAUAUUUUGUUAAACCUGUUUUGAUAGGCUCUUUCUUAAAUCGAUAAACGUCAUUGUAGUUAAACCUCACUCGUAAAAUUGUACUGGUAUGGUAUUUUAACUAUUGUAAUAUUUAUCACAAGAAACUUCACAAUGUUUUCUUCCCAAUCUCACAAAUGAAACAUUUACAUUUUGACAAAGACAAGUGUCUCAAAAAUGACAAACAAGAAACCAACAAAAAUAUGUAUAUAAUAUAUAAUUGAAAUAUAACAAAGUCCCACAAUCAUCUCACAUCCAACACUCCCAAACAAAAGCCAACUCAUACCCUAAGAAAUCAAAUAAAUAAAAUCCAAAACAAGACAUUAUACAAAAACGAAAGAAAGUAAAAACACAAAA